CUCCUAGCAGAGCUCUCUCCAGCCUCAGAUGGUGCGAUGAAACAGCGAGGCAGUGCAGCGGGGGCUGUGCACAUCCACACAGGCAUGGCUCCUCUGGAUUGGGAAAACACAGGAAGAAGGAAGGAUGAGACUGGAAGUCACCCGCUCUAUUAGAGUUUUCUGCUUUACCAUCUGUGCUGUGUGUGAGUGUGUGUGUAUGUGUGUGUGUAUGUGUGUGUGAAAGGGUCAGGGAGGAGGGGACGUUAUCAUCACAGCCUCCAGCAGCUCUUUUGCUUUCACCGGGGAAACCAGGCAGCCAGAUCUGUUUUGCUUCCUACUGGAAAAGAGUGAAAGGACGUCAGUGUUGUUUUUUUUCCACUGUGGAUCUAAUUUUUGCACACUUAUACGUUUAUGUAUCGUGGAACUCAUGAAAUGCGAAGGACAAGAGCUAGAGACUGGUGUGUAGAAUGGCUCACUUUAAGGAUGUGUCUGUCAGAAAGACUUCAUUAAAUCUGGUGACAGGAUUUUUCCAGUAUCUGCGUGAUGAGCAAGAAGCAGUGCAGAAGAGAACCUUCACAAAAUGGAUCAAUUCUCAUCUUGCAAAGCACAAACCACCUUUCGAGAUUAAUGACCUUUUUGAGGACAUUAAAGAUGGGGUGAAGCUCUUGGCCUUGUUGGAGGUGCUGUCUGGCCAAAGACUUCCCUGUGAGCAAGGCCGCCAGCUGAAGAGGAUACACUGGGUUUCCAACAUCGGCACCGCUCUCAAAUUCCUUGAAGGCAGAAAGUCUGUGUAUCGAGGAUCUCCGAUCAAACUUGUCAACAUUCAUGCCACAGAUAUUGCAGACGGACGACCAUCAAUUGUGCUUGGCUUGAUAUGGACCAUUAUCCUCUACUUCCAGAUUGAAGAGCUAACCAGCAACCUGCCAGCCCUACAGGCACUUUCUAACAGCAACUCUUCAGUGGAGAGCAUUGCCAGCUCUGGAGCUGGAAGUCCUCCCAUGAAGAGGAAGGUGGUUACCAAGUUUCAAGGCAACGCCAAGAAGGCUCUGCUCAGAUGGGUGCAGUGCACAGCUGCCAAGCAUUAUGGGAUUGAGGUCAAGGACUUUGGACCCAGCUGGCGUGAUGGUGUGGCGUUCCAAGCGAUGGUACACACCAUCAGGCCUGACCUGGUGGACAUGGACGUGGUGCGGCAGAGAAACAGCAGGGAGAAUUUAGAAACCGCUUUUGCACUUGCAGAAAAUGAGCUGGGAAUUCCCCGUCUACUGGAUCCAGAAGACGUGGAUGUUGACAAGCCAGAUGAGAAGUCCAUCAUGACAUAUGUGGCUCAGUUUCUCAAGCAUUACCCAAACCCUCACCAGUCUGAAGGGGACGGACAGCAUCAGGAGUUUGUUCCCCAAGACAUUGAGCAGAUGCUUGAGAGAGAAGAGCGGAAGAUGCUGAGAGAGCUGAAGGUGUUUUUAGAUCAGCUAGAGAGAGACCUGCUUCGGGCCCAGGCAGCAGAGGGAAGCCUCACGGACAAAUACCAGGCCUUCAAAAGCUUCCACGUUCAGUAUGAAAUGAAGACAAAGCAGACAGAUCCUCUGCUCCAGCCUGUGCACAAAGAUGGCAAACUGUCAGUGGAUCAAGCUCUGGUGAAACAGGCCUGGGACCGCGUCUCUGCCCGGCUGCUGGACUGGCACAUCCAUCUGGACAAGUCUCUGCCUGGACCUCUGGGGGUGAUUGGAGCUUGGCUUCACAGAGCAGAAAUGGCUCUGAGAGAGGACAUCCCUCUCCAGCAUGUUCAUGAAGAAACUGCCAACAUCUUCCGCAGAAAACUGGAGCAGCACAGGGAUGUGUUAAAAAGCCUCGAGUCACACAGACAGACUUUUCAGCAGAUCCACAAAGACAGAUCAGUCAACGGGGUACCGGUACCACCGGAGCAGCUCCAAGACAUGGCAGAACGGUUCAACUUUGUGUCUACAUCAUCCCACUCUCACUUAAUUAAACUGGAAUUCUGGGAAAUGAAGUAUCGCUUGAUGGCGUUUCUUGUUUUGGCUGAGUCGAAGCUCAAGUCCUGGAUCAUAAAAUAUGGCAGACGGGAUUCAGUUGAACUUCUGUUGCAGAGUUACCUUACGUUCACUGAAGGCCACAGGUUUUUUGAGCAGUAUGAGAUCAUCUUCACAUCCCUCAAGCAAUCUGCAGAGGUUUAUGUGAAGUCUGACAGUUCAAGGUCUAAGACCUGUAACAAGGUCGAUGAAGCAGAAGGUGUGAGCAAAUUCCUCACAGAUGCCACGGCUCAGUGGAAGAACCUGGCUCUGGAGGUCCGAAGUGUUCGCAGCAUGCUGGAGGAGGUGAUCUGUAACUGGGAGAAAUACAGCAGCACUGUGGCGGCUCUGCAAGCCUGGCUGGAGGAUGCAGAGCAAAUGCUCAAUCAGUCAGAGAAUGCCAAACGGGAUUUUUUCAGAAAUCUCUCCCACUGGAUCCAGCAGCACAUGGACAUGAAUGAUUCUGGCAAUUUUCUCAUUGAGACGUGUGACGAAACGGUCUCACGAGAUCUCAAGCAGCAGCUUCUGUUGCUGAAUGGCAGAUGGAGGGAGCUGUUUGUGAAAGUUAAACAUUAUGCACGAGCAGAUGAAGUAGAUAAGUUGAGGCAAGACUAUCAAGAUGGAAUAAAUACUUUGAAAAUGUUCAUGGAUGCAACUAAUGAGAAGAUGACUGCCCCUGUUCAAGUAUCUUUCCUAAAUGUCAGAGCUUUUGUUCAAGAUGUUGAGGAAAUCAAGCACAAGGUUCCAGCGAUGGAAGCAGCAUGUAAAGCAGCAAGCCGUACAGCUCAGCUGUUGACCAAAGACACGCCACAAGAAGAGAUUUCACAAAUGAUGACUGUGAUGGCUUCCAUCAAAGAGCAGCUGAGUAAGGUUAGGGAGAGGUGUUUGCCUCUGCUGAGGGAGUCCCAGUCCCUUUUACCUCUGCUAGAGGAAAUGGAGAAGAACAUCACUGGUUUCUACCAAGCUCUGGAAAAGGCCAGUCAACUUACCAGCAGCCCGGACUCAGAGGGACCAGUGGACUUCAAACAGAAGUGCCAGGAACUGGCAACCUACACUCAUAGCUGUAAGAAGUGCCUGACUGUGAUCGAACGAAACCACCAAACAAUCCAAAAAACGAUGAGCAGUAGUAACACUCUUCAGCACAUGGACAUGGGUCUCCUGCAGAAGCGAGUUUUAGACCUGCAGAUGUCCUCUCAGAACAUGAUUAAAGAAUCCACAGAGUGGAGAAAGCAUGUGGAGGCAAACAGCAGCCUCAUGAAGAGAUUUGAUGAAUCACGGGUGGAGCUGGAGAAGAUUCUUAAAAUGGCUCAGAACUAUCUGACCGAAAAAGGGAACCCUGAGGAGCUGCUAAAGAAACACACAGAAUUCUUUGGACAGCUCGAUCAGCGGGUCUUAAAUACGUUCCUCAAGGCUUGUGAUGAGCUGACUGAUAUUUUACCAGAGCAGGAGCAGCAGUCGCUGCAGGAAACCGUCAGGAAGCUGCAUAAACACUGGAAGGACCUUCAGACAGAUGCCCCGUUCCACCUCCUCCACCUGAAAGUGGAAACUGAGAGGAGCAAGAUGAUGAUGUCAUUGCAGGAGUGCCAAACAGAGCUGACGCGGGAAAAUCGCCACCUGGCCAGCAUGGGCAGCGAGAAGCUCAUCAAAGAGCACCGGACCUUCUUUAGGGAAAAAGGUCCCCAGGCUAUGUGUGAGAAAAGACUGCAGGUUAUAGAAGAACUCUGUCAGAAACUCCCCGAGGGUGACCCUGCUCAUCAGAGUUUGGAAACGGCAAGAAAAGACUUUGCUGAGGUUCAGGAGGAGAUCGAGAACACUCAUCAGAAGCUGAUGCAGCACCCAGAUAAAUGGAAGGAGUACAACACGAGGUAUGCUGAACUCUCCUGUUGGCUUAUAUCCAAAGAAAGCCAACUGAGGCUGCUGAGAAACCGAGCCAAUGACCCUAGAAAAUACAGCCAGGUGAAGACUACCAUCACGGAGCUGAGAAAUGAUGCAGAGCUGCAGGAGGGGAAUCUAGGCUGGCUGAAGGCCCGUAUGGCUGUCCUGAUUGAAAUCUGUGCUGACAGCGAUGCCCAGAGGCAGGGAAGUACACUGAGCAAGCUCUCUACAGAUUUUAAAGGACUUCUGACUUCUCUUUUAGAGGCUGAGAAGAUGGUGCUGGCUGUAGGCGACUGUGUGCAGUUCAGAGAAGAGGUUCAAGCUACUUUAGACGACCUUGUUCAGGGGCAGAAGGAGGCACAGGCAGAGUUCACCAAAAUACUGGACUGUUCAACCGCAAGAGAAGCACAACAACUUCUACUGGUUCACCAGCAACAGCUAAAGCGCCUGAAGUUGAAAAGAAAGGACGUCCAGCAGCUGAUCACCAGAGGUCAGCAGCUGCUGGCAGAGGAGGGACUGGGCGAGACUCUGCAGCAGGAUCUGCAGACUUUGGAAAACACAGUCAGCAAAAUGGAACAGAAUAUGGAUUCACAGGAGCAAAACCUGGAGGUCACGUUGGCAGCCUGGCAGGAGUUUGACAGCCAGCAGGAAGCCGUGUAUGAGUUUGUCAACAAAGCUCACUCCACGGUGGACAGAGACCUGAACUUCAGCAGUCCAGAGAGCCUGGCAGUUGAGCUGGACCAGGCAAGGGUGCUGUUGAAGCAGUGUGAAGCUGAGGUCCUACAUAUGAACACCUUACUGAAGAGAGCAAGAGAAAUCCAGCUGGGUCCCAGAAACAAGACUCUGCUUUUACAACAAGCCCGUUCACUCAGUGAGAAGGUGGACAAAGCAGAGGCUGACCUGAAGGAUGAGGUCAAGAGUUUGGAAGAAAUGAAAAACCAAUGGGAUCGGUUUGGAGCUGGAUUUGAAGCAUUUUCUGUAUGGAUAUCUGAAAAGGAAAAAGAGCUAGACGUUGUAAAAUCCACUACUUUGCCUCUUGAAGAACAGAUGAAAAGAGUUAAGGCUGUUGGGACAGAAGUUCAGAACAGAGCUGAGCUUCUUUCUCAGCUGGAGGCGGACUCCCAGGCGCUUGCCCAGUUUGUGUCCUCAGGAGAAGCAGCUCGCAUCAAGGCUCGACUGACACAGAUCGGCAGGUACUGGGAGGAGCUGAAGGAGGGUGUCCAGCAGCUUGAUGGUCAGCUGGAGGAAAGCUCCUCUCACCAGCAGAAGUUCAAGCUUAACCUAGGAGAGGUACAAAAUUCUCUUAAUGAGCUUCGCACUAAACUGGAGGAUCCCAUUAAGUCCUGUUCCUCUUCACCAGAGACUUACAAAGCUAUUCAAAGCCACAUGGAUAUCUGUCAGGGUCUGGAGCUGCUGAAAGGAACCUUACUGACACUCUCAGCUAGCUCUCGACGGAUCAGUGACAAGGAGGAAGCAGUGAGGACUGUGACAGAGCUAAACACCAGCUAUGAGCUGGCCUUACAGGAAGCAAAGGACAAACAGAGCGCUCUGGAGAACCUGCUCUCUCUCUGGCAAAAGUAUGAUAAGCAGUUAUCAAACUUUGUCUCCUGCCUGGAGAGAAGUGAAUCAGCAUCCAGACCUGAGAGUCAGUAUCUGUCAGCUGACAGAGCCAAGCUACACUCUGAGGUGCAGGAUAUGCAGGCCCUGCAGCUAGAGGUACAGGUCCUCGAGAGGUCUCAUGCUGACCUGGUGUCUCUGGGCUAUGCCCUCUGUCCCACUGCACCUGAGGACAGAGUCCAUCUGCUGAAAGAAGAGCUGAAGACUCUACAAAACAGACUACUCAUCCAACGUGAAGUCAUUCCCAAAAGAAUCGCAGAGCUUCAGAGCCACAUUUCGUUGGUGGAGCAGUUCGACCGGGCCCUUCUUAAGUUCUCAGAGUGGAGCGAUACCACACUUUCUAAUCUGCUUUUAACUUCUCCAAUCAACAUGAGCAACCUGCAGUCUUCUGCCACAAAAGUAAAGGAGACUGAGAUAGCCCUGCAGCAGCAGUCCAGUGAGAAACAGAGCUUGGAGGAGCAGACCGAAAAGCUCUGUCAGGUUUGUGAGCCGUCUGAUGCCCAGCUCCUCCACAACCGAGUAGAAAGCUGUCUGCAGCCUUACACGGAAGCUCAGCACUUAACCGAGCUUCAGUCGGAAUGCCUGGAAAGGCUGGAGACUUUUUUGCAGACCCACAAUGUGGCCUCAGGAGUGCUGCGUGGCCUGAGACAGACUGUGGAGAGUGCUGGGAGCUGGGACAGUGGAAGGGUAGAGGAGCUGCAGCAGGAGCUAGCUACUAUUGUUCCAGAUAUAAGUCAGCUUGAAUCUCUUGCCGUCAACCUGGACAGCAGUCUUUGCAAAGGUCAUCUCCACAUUGGUGCUGAAGGUGCAUCUCGUAAGUCGUGUCGCAUGCUGGCUGAUUCCCUCAGUUCUGAGUUGGACGCGGUGAGGAACUUGCUUGGUUCUAAGCAAAGUGAAGCAGAGGCCUUGGGUGCUCUGUGGGCUUCAUUUCGACAACGGAAGGAGCAACUGCUCAAAGCUGUGGAGGACAUUGAAGAGAAAGCUGACCAUCAGACCCUCAAAGAGCCCAGUCUGCAUGGUCUACAGCAGCGACUUCGGUUCUUUAACCAAUUGGAAGAUGAGCUCCAGUCCCACCAGCACGAGGAUCAGUGGCUGAGGGAGAAAGGCAAUCAGCUGGCUCAGAAGGAUGCAGAACUGGCUGGAGAGGUGUUGAGGGAAAUUAGCUUAUUGGAAACGACGUGGGAGGAUACCAAAAAGUUCAUUACAGAGAGUCAGGAACAGUGUAAUGUUCUUUCUGAGCUUAUGAGAGAAUACCAAAUCCUCAAAACAACCAUCAGCAGCAUUACUGAGAGCUCCGAACCUCUGAUGGAGAUAAGUUCAGUUCUGAAGGAUCACGAGGAAGUCAAAAGGUCACUGGCCAAGCAUGAGACAGUGAAGGCUGAGAUUGCUGGCAAGCAGCAUGACUUAGAUCAGUUUUCUGGGAAAGGAAAACAGCUGGUGGUUGAGUUGAAGAAGAUCCCAGAGUGUGACAGUGAACUGUUGAGGAAAGAUGUGGAAACAACUGUUGAUCAGUGGCUAGAUAUGUCCGAGAGAAUAGAUGACAACAUUCAUCGCCUGCGACAGAGUUCUGGUCUGUGGGAUGAUAUCCGUAAAAUAAACGAGGACAUAGAGAGCUGGAUGAGCAGCAGUGUGAUUGAACUCAACGACAGCCUGAGCAAUUUCAACAACAGUCAAAAAGUGUCACUGAGGCUCUCAACACUACAAACAGAAAUGAUUGAAAAGGAGCAGAAAAUCGAAAUUCUGCAAAGCAAAGUGUCAGAACUGAAGAAGUGCAGUCAGUGUCAAGAGACUCCUGCUAAACUACAGGUGCUUGAAAACGACCUGCAGAAGAAGAUCAACACUGUUCAGACUCUCCAUGAACAAGUCAGAGGAAACCUGACUGACUUUAGCUCCCAACGUAAACAACUGGAAGACUACAUCUCACAGAUGUCUGCGUGGCUCAGAAGUAUGGAAGAUUCUUUGGUGUCUUCUCCAACAGGAUCAGAUCCUGAGGACAUCUGCAGAGUCAAGGACCUUCAAAAGGAGCUGCAGAACCAGCAAGGCAGUAUUGAUUGCACCAGAGAGAGCCUAAACAACUUGUGUAGAAAAUACCCCUCAGAGGAACUGGCUGGUUUGGGCUCGUCUCUCACCGAUCUCAUUAAGACUUAUGAGUCUGUGAACCAGCUUUCUGCCAGGACGCUCAACUCACUGCAAAACUGUCUCCAGCAACAGUUCAGUGAUCUUGUCCAGGAGUUUCACCGCUGGCUUUCAGAACAAAGAGAGAUAGUGAAAGAAUGCUCUGAUCGAUCAGGAGACACGCAAAUUGUGGAACGUAAACUACAGAAACUCAAGGGUGCCAUGGAUCGAGUGGAGGAGGGUGAGAUGAGGCUCACUCAAGUCUGUGAAGAAGGCGAGAAGCUGCUUCUUCAUCUUCCCAAAGGUAGCGCCGGGCAGGUCCAACAGCACCUUUCAUCCAUCCAGCAGGACUGGGAUGGCUUCGUGGAACAGUGCAGGCAGAACCAGCAGAUCCUCGAGGACAGUGCGUCCCUCAUGAAGGGGUUUGAGGGUCGCCUCAAGAAGCUGAGGUGGUGGCUGGAACACAUGGAAAACCGAAUGACUACAGAUCUGCUUGAAACCAAACAACGUGGCCAUGAAAAAGCUGUGCUUGAUCAAGUGGAGGAGUACCAGCAGGAGGUGCUCAAAGAGAGGGAUUCGUUUGAGCGUCUCUGUCAGGAGGGACAGGCUCUAAACGAAGGUGGACGAGGGGAUGGAAGUGAGACAAGAGUUUCAGCUCAGCUGCAGUCACAACACCAGACCCUGCUGAGGCGUGUGAAGGAGCGGCUGCACAGCUGCCAACUUACGUUACAAGAGCAACAAGCCUUUGAAGAGACGCUGCAGACCACCUGGGGCUGGCUUAAUGGUGUCCAGGAGCGUCUGACUUCUCUUAACAGCACCGUUGGCAACAAGGAAACUCUGGAAAAGAGACUUGGCCUUGUACAAGAUAUCCUGCUAAUGAAGGGUGAGGGGGAAGUGAAGCUCAACAUGGCAGCAGGAAAAGGAGAACAGGUUCUGAAGCACAGCAGAGCGGAGGGGCAGGAGACCAUUUGUUUACAGCUUCAGAACCUGAAGGAUACAUGGGCCAAUAUGCUAAUGACUGCAAUGAGUUGCCACAGUCGUCUGGAGUGGACUGUGACCCAGUGGACCAUCUUCCUGGAAAAUAAGAGCCAUUUGCAGCAGUGGAUGGAGUCAGUGGAUCAAGAGGUGGGGAUGACUCUGCCUCAACAACCAGGCCUCAAAGAGAAGUGCACCUUACUGGAGCGGCUGAGGGCCAUCCAAGCCGAUGUGGACACUCAUGCUGCAGCUCUGUCACGCCUUACGGAGAAAGCUGUGGAGUUGCACGAAAAAACUGGUGAUCAGACGUUUGGGCCGGAGUCCAGAGCAGAGCUCAAUGCACACUUUGCUGAUAUAUCAACUGUAGUCAAGGGUAAAGUGCAGUCCAUGCAGAAAAUAGUGUCUGAGCAUGAGCAGUACUUUGAUGCUGUGAGAGACUUCAACGACUGGCUUGUUUCAGCAAAAGAGGAACUUCAACGCUGGUCCGAUCUGUCAGGAGACUCUAUGAAUGUUAAAAGAAAGCUCUCCAAAGUGCAGGAGUUGCUGGACUCUAAGCAGCGAGGCAGAGAGAGGCUGAGCCGUGUUCAGAGAUGUGGGGCGGUGGCUCGAGAUUACACCAGUUCCGGCGGGUAUGAGGCUCUGGAGCGAGAGGAAGCAGCCUUGUUGUCAUCAUGGGAGCAGUGGGAGCGUGGGGCGCUACAGACACGUGCCAGUCUGGAAACUGCGCUCUCACAGAUUUCAAGUUCAGAACAGGAGUUCAGUAGUUUGUCAGCACAGCUGGAGCAGGAUCUGCAGGACUUCAGCCGCCAGCUAAAAGACUGUAGGCUACGACUGGCCCAAGCAGAGAGGAAGAAUGAUGGGGAGGAAGCUGUUAAAGGCUGGGAGAUAGCUAAGGAAACUUUGGAGGAACUGAUCAAAGCUGAGACCAUAUCUGAUCGUCUGAAGACUCAACUCAAUGAUUUGUGUCGAUUUUCCAGAGAAAUGGGAACCCAGUCUGAGAGAGUGUCUGCUCUCAUUAAAGAUUAUAACAGUCUGAGUCUUCAAGCCACCAGAGAGUGCCAGAGCAAAGAGAAAGUUCUGGAGCAAGGGUGUCGCUCUGCUUUUAGAGAAUUCCAGCAGUGGUUGGUCAAAGCCAAGAUCAACACAGCAAAGUGCUUUGAUGCUCCUCAAAAUCUCAACGAGGCCUUAUCCAGUUUGCAGAAGAUUCAGGAGUUUCUCAGUGACAAAGAACAAGGUCAGUCCAAGCUGAACUCUGUGGUUGUGAACGGUGAGCUUUUCUGGACCAUUGCAGCCAAAGAUAAAACAGAUGCGGUUCGAGGUAAAAUGAACUCUGCCAGAGAAGACUGGAAAAACAUCAUGUCUAGUCUGCACAACAGAGAGUCAAGUCUGCAAAACCUCAUUGCUCAGAUGAAGGAUUUUGAGGCCAGUGCAGAGCCUCUUCAGGAGUGUUUUAAUGCCACCGAGCUGGUUGUGCAGGAGAGCAGCACGAGGCUUCAUGAUCUCACAGCCAAGAAGCUGGAGCUUCACAAACUACAGUCUGUGCUUGAGGAGUUAGCCUCUCAUGAGGUUCAGCUGAGCAGGCUAAAAGAGAAGGCCCAGCUGUUGUUGGAUGAACACUCGGCCGGAAAGGGUUUUGUGCACCGUGUCUCGCAGCUCUCUGCUCAGUACCUAGCUUUAACCAACCUGACUAAGGAAAAGACGUCUCGGAUCGAUCGAAUCGUCACCGAGCACCAGCUUUUCUCCCAGGGGCUUAAGGAGCUGCAGAACUGGGUGGUGGACACCAGCCACAUGCUGCAGACCUACAGCACCCCUACUGCUGACAAAAAUGUUCUGGAUAGCCGGAUGAUAAAGCUGGAGGCUUUGCUGACGGCUCGCCAAGAGAAGGAGAUCCAGCUGAAGUUGCUGUUCACAAGAGGAGAAUCGGUUCAGAGGAAUACCUCAGCUGAUGGAGCUCCUUUAAUCCAGAACCAGAUCCAGGACCUGAAGGACUCCUGGGAUGCUUUGCUCUCUGCUGCUAUUUUGUGCAAAAGUCAGCUGGAAGGUUCUCUGUCCCAGUGGACGAGUUACCAGGAGGACGUUCGCCAGUUUGUGGCCUGGAUGGAGCGGGUGGAGGAGGGUCUCGAUCUCACUGAAAAACAGUUCCCAGAGAUGAGAGAUAAAACUGCUAACCUGAGCAAAGCAAAGCUGCUGUAUGAGGAAGUGCUGAGCCACAACACUCUGCUGGAGACCAUCACGGCAAAAAGUGCCAGCAUAAGUGAGAAUUACGUCACUCAGCUGGAGCUGCAAGAACUCCAGGAGCGUUAUAACAGCGCCAAAGACAAUGCUAUGAGGUCAGUUGGCAAAGCAGAAGAUCUGGUGAAGGCUCAUCAAGUGUAUCAGCAGGACCUUCAUGCUUUUGAGGAGUGGCUGGAACAAGAGCAGGAGAUGCUCGGCUGUUACACUCAGCUGGAAGGAGAUGUAGAUAUGCUGGAGGAUACCAUCCAAAAGCUGCAGGAGCUUCAGCUGUGCUGCACAGAGGGCCAGGCCUUACUGAACACCCUGCUGCUGAGCAGAGAGCCUGUCACUCCCUGGGGUCUGCCUCAGAUAGAGGAAAGAGCUCUGGAAAUGCUUCAGCAGGAGUGGAGGCUCUACCAGGCUCGGCUGGCCGACACCCGCGCUCAGCUGAACAGCGCUCUAGCCAAACUACGACAGAUGGAGCAGAAGUUCCAGCUUCUUGACAGUUGGCUGAAAGGCAUGGAAACCAAAGCACACAUACGAACUCAUCGACGGUCGGAUCGGGCCACAAAGGGCGCUCAGCUACAGAUGAUCAAGAGUUGGCAGGAGGAAGUUCUUGUUUAUCAAGAAGAAAUGGAAGGUCUGACUCUUUUGGCUCAGCAAGUUCUGGACGAGACACAUAUAAGUAGCCGGAUCAGUACCAGAGCCACCCAGAUAACAUCCCGCUAUCAUGCCCUGCUUCUGCAUUUACUGGAAACAAUCAAACAGCUCCAGGAGGAAGUGUCUUCAAUUGAAGAAGCUCAGUGUGUCUUCACCACCUUCUCAGAGUGGCUCAACACGGCUCAGAAUAAUUUCAGCUCUGUGGCUAUAAGUGUUAAUGUAGCAGACCGCCUCACCCUGGAGAGAAAGAUGAAGAAACUGGAGGCUCUUCAGGCUGACAUGGAGCAGGGUCACACAUAUCUGAAGACAAUGAGAGAGAAAACAGAGCAUGCAAUGGCAUUUUUGGAAGAACCUGAAGCAGAUCAGCUUAAGCAGGAGGUGGAGUCUCGACUUUUUCAGCUAGAGGAGUUAAUGGUAGCUCUACGAACAGAGCACAGCUCCCAUGAGAAGUGCAUCUCACUCUCCAAAGACUUUAUGGAUAAAUACAAAGCCCAGGCCCAGUGGGUGAUGGAGACCAAGAACCUUUUAGGGCCGAGUUUGGAGCCUAAAGCUGAGCUCUACCAGAAGAAGGCUCAGCUGGCAAAGUACAAGACUAUUCAACAAACUGUAGAGGCUCACGAGUCUGCAGUGAAAUCUGUCAUAGAGAAAGGAGAGGCGCUGCUCGACAUGAUCAAUGACCCCACCAUCAGUGAGAACAUGAAGAAGCUACAGGCGGACUAUCAAGAUCUUUUUUUGGCAGCUAAGACUCAUGUCCAGAACCUUGUGGAGUGGGUAAAAGAGCACGAGGAUUACAACAGUGAGCUACAGGAAGUAGAGAAAUGGUUGUUACAGAUGUCCAGCAGGCUUGUGACCUCAGACUCGAUGCAGACCAGCAACAUGGAGAUGGCUACUCAGCAACUGGCCCGACACAAGGCCACAAUGGAGGAAAUCACCAACUUUGAGGAGCGUCUCACCAGUCUAAAGCAAAAAGGAGAAGGUCUUAUUGUUAGCUGCACAAAUCAAGUUCAAGUUCAUGGUAAGAUCAGCCAACAAGUCCAGGCUCACCUACAGGGGACCAGAGAUAGCUACUCUGCCAUUUGCAGCACUGCCCAGCGUGUUUACCAGAGUCUGGACCGGGAGCUGCAGAAACAUGUCAGCCAUCAGGACACUUUGCAGCAGUGCCAAACCUGGCUAACAACCGUACAAGAGGAGCUUCAGCUCAAUGAUCAGGGACCAUCUGGUCUACAGGAAGCCCUGAAGCAGGUGAAGCACUACAGAGCCCUUCAGGAACAGGCCAGCACAUAUUUGGACCUGGUGUGUUCUGUGUGUGACCUUUCUCAUGAUGCUGUGAGAGUUGCAGCAGCUGAGGUCCAGCAGAUCAAACUCACGAUAGAAGAAAGGAUGUCCAAUGCACAAGAGCUUUCAGAAGGCUGGAGAGAGAUUAAGGAACAAAAGCAGGAUCUAACAAGCUUGUUUCAGGACAUGGAGCAGCAGCUCCUCAGCCUCUCUAGAAGACCAGCAGAGUUGGAGACUAAGAUCGCCCAGAACAUGUUGUUCCAAGUUAAGGAAUGUGGCCAAACGCUGCAGUCUAAACAGAGUAUUCUCACCAGAAUGACGGAGACUGUGAACAGACUGACUGGCGGCCAAGACACAGCAGAACAUGCAGAACUUGACCAUCUAAGCCACUCCUGGCUUGAGCUCUGCCACCAGGUAAACAAGCUGGAAUCCCAGAGAGAGGAGGACCUGCAGAGGUCUAAAGAUUACCAUGACUGCAUUGCUGCAGUGGAGGAGUUGUUUGAGCAGGUGUCCAAGGAGUGGGACAAUCUGGCCAGAACGGAUGCUGAAAGCUCAUCUCAGCAUUUAGAGGCAUUAAAGAAGCUCGCGAUAACUCUGGAAGAGCAGAAAGGCACCCUGGAAAACCUCAGGGAGCAGAAACAGAAAGCCAUCCAACAUCUGAACUUGGAUGACAAGGAGCUGGUCAAAGAGCAAAUCAGCCACUUUGAGCAGCGAUGGUUGCAGAUGCAAAAUCUCAUUGAAAGAAAAAUACAGGACUCCGUGGUGACCUUGGAAGGUAUGAGACAAGUGGAGGCUCAUCUGAGAGAGGCUCGGGACUGGGCCGAGGAACAGCAGCCUGCUUUAUCUGAAGCUAUGAAGAUGAGCCCCCCUCCUGAACUGGCUCAGAGCUUCCUGUUUGACCACUUGAGCAUCUGCAGUGAGCUGGAGGCGAGGCAGCUCCUACUGGCUCAGGCCAUGGCUGACGCUGACAGGGUGCUGCCACGGCUGGGCCUCAGUGAGCGCCAGAGUCUGCAGCAACUGAUUUCUGACACUCAGUCAGAGGUGGAAUCUCUGAGUGUGAAAGUAGUGCAGCGGCGUAAACACCUCAGCAAGGCGUUUACAGAGAGGACACAGUUCCUGAUGGCGGUUAAUCAGUCCAUCUCCUGGGUUCAGCAGAAUGAGAAGAAGGCCCAGGCAGAAGAGUACAUUGCUUUGUUGCCUGAUGACCUUGCCAAGCAGGUGCGAACAUGCCGGAACAUCCAAAGCAGCCUGAAAGCUUACCAGAGUGAGUUAACCUCACUGUGGUCUCAGGGGCGAGACCUGAUGAGAGAGGCCAGCGAUGAAGAAAGAAACGAGAUCCUCACAAAGUUGCAGGAGUUGCAAAAUAUCUUUGACAGGACACUCCACAGAUGUGGUCAGAAACUUCAGGAGCUGGAACGAGUCCUUGUCUCCAGGAAGUAUUUUAAAACAGAUUUGGAGAAGAUAUGCCAGUGGCUAAAACAAGCGGAUAUUGUUACGUUUCCUGAAAUCAACCUGAUGGUGAGUGAUGCUGAACUACAUGCACAGCUGCUGAAGUACCAACAGAUAAUCGAGCAGGCUGUCGAGUAUGAGAAUCUUCUCCUGAUUGUUCAGAGAGCAGGUCAGGAGAUAUUACCCACUCUUAAUGAAGUAGAUCACUGCUACUUGGAUGAAAAACUCAACACCCUCCCUCAACAGUACAACAGCAUUUUAGCACUAGCCAAGGAAAAACAAGAGAAAAUCCAGCAGGCCAUUUUAACAAGGAAUGAAUACACGUCUUUUAUAGAUGUCACUCACAGAGCCCUGAAAGAGCUAGAGGAGCAGUUCAAUAACCUGGCCACCCAACCUGUUGGGCUACAGACAGAGGAGGUUGUUAGUUUACAGAGUGACUACAAAGCUAUUCUGACAGAUCUCAGCAACCUGGGUCUGGCUGUGAGUGAACUGAAUCAGAAAAAAGAGGGAUUCCGCAGCACAGGGCAGCCAUGGCGCCCAGAGGAAAUGACCCAGCUUGUGAGCCUCUAUAAUGGAUUAAAGAGGUUAGUGGAACAGAAAGUAGAACAUCUAGAUGAAACUCUAGAGUCUUUUGAGGACCACAAGGCGAUGGCCAUGCAGGUUGACUCUCAGUUAAAGGCCACCAAGGAGCAGCUGGUUAAAGUGAGUGCAGAGACGCAGUCAGCUGAGGAGAGGCUUAAGAACUACCACGCUCUAGCAGGGAGUCUCCAAAGUGCCAACUCCCACUUAUCAAGGCUCAUGGAGCAGAUGGACACUCUUGCCCCUCGUGUGGAGCAAGCAGCCCACGAUGCCUCCAAAGAGCAGGUGAUUCUGUGGCAGGAGGAGCUGCGAUCACUACAGGCUGCAGUGGGCGAUCUGAUAGAAGAAUGUGAGACCAGGUUCAUCCAGAGCAAAGACUUUGAGACUGAGAUGAAACGAACCCUGGACUGGCUGCAGCAUAUCAGGGAUGAACUAGACUGUGCUGUGAUUGUCGACGUGAGAGUGGAGAAGGUGCAAGAGGAGAUAAGGAAGCAGCAAAUCUUGCAAGAGGAAGUUCAGUCCAGACUGAGAAUUGUGGCUGCUCUGAGUAGUCGGGAAAAGCAGGAGUAUGUCAGCGCUAACGAGCUUGUCCCUGUGCAUGUGGAUACAAGCCUCAAAGAAAUGGCAAAACUACAGGCAGACGUUCAAAAGGCGCUGACAUCUAAACAGCUUACCCUGGAGGAUGCCCUGGUGUUGUGUCAGAAGUACCACUUCAGAAUGCAGUCAGCGUGCGAGUGGUUGGAGGAUGCUGUGUCUUUCCUUCAACAAGCUAGCUUGGGCGUAGACGUCGAGAACUACGAGGAGUGCCUCCGGCAACAGGCGGACAUCAUGGGAACUGAGCAGGAGUUUCUCAUCCAUCUGGAAGAGCUGCAGACGCUGCUUCCCCAGUUAGAGAGCCUAGUGAACCCCACAGCUAAAGAGCAUCUACGAGUGAGCGUGGAGUCGGCAAAGCAGAGAGGCGAAGAGGUUCGAGAUCAACUCCAGUGUCACCAGGAUGUCCUACAAAGCUGUGUGGCCCAGUGGAAGUCAUUUCAGGAGGCAAGACAAACCGUUAUUGAGCUUAUGAACGAGGCUGAGAAGAAGCUUACAGAGUUUUCUACUGCUAAGGCAGCGACGAACCAAGAAGCUGAAGAGAAGCUGUGCAGUCAUCGGUCUCUCGUAUCUCUUGUGAAUGGCUUUCAAGAGAAGCUGAGUGGUUUGGAGGAACAAGCUGCUCAGCUGGAGCUGGUGGGGAGUGACGCCAGCAAGGCCACCAUCAGUCGCUCCAUGACAACAGUAUGGCAGCGUUGGACGCGACUGCGCAGCGUGGCACGGGGACAGGAGAGAGUGCUGGAGGACACAGCACAGGAGUGGAGGACUUUCAGAGAGAAGAUGGUCAAAGUUCGAGCGGUCUCUGACGAGCUCCAAAGUCGUUUCCCUGACAGCGCUGUGGAGAAAGCCUCCAAAGCCACGCUGCUAUCUCUGUUAGAUCAGCAUGACUUACUGAGCCAAGACCUGGAGAGGGAGCUCUCCUCGCUCACUCUGCUACGCCAGUACGCCCUCAGUCUGCUGCACAAUAUGGAAGUGCCUCCUUCACCGACAGCCGAUCAAGAUGAGCUUCCUAGCUUAAAGGAGAUCAGAGCAGUUCAGGACCAAAUGGAAAGCCUUUUGACACAGUCUAGAACCAAGCGUACUCAGUCAGCUCAGGAGCUGAGGGAAAGAGAAGAAGUGGAGAAGGAACUCAGUGUGGUGAAAGCCUGGAUCCAGGAGACCAGAGAGCUCCUUCUGAACCCCACACCAGACAUCGAUUCUCUGCUGCAGGAACUUGAGAUCAUACAUGGUGACGUCAUUACUUAUCGUCAGAAUGUGGAAAAGCUAGCUGAGCAACAACAGAGCAAGUACUUAGACCUCUACACUAUCCUCCCCUCUGAAAUCUCCAUGCAACUAGCUGAGGUCUCUCUUGCACUGGGUGCAAUCGAAGAUCAGGUUCUUUCUAAAGAAAGGGAAAAUCAGAGAACCAGAGAAAUAAAGGAGGACUUCAGCUCUCGGAUCCAUGACAUGUCAGAGAAGCUGAAGGCAAUUGCUAAUAAGUUUAAGGAGAAAUCUCCAGAUGUGGAUCAUGCCAAAGAGGAGGUCAAGAGCCUUUUCGAGGAUUUGGACUCCUGUGGCCGCUCUCUCUCAGAGCUGGAUUCUGGCGUGCAAGAGUUUAGUCGCAGAAACCCGCUGCUGGCCAAACAGCUCAGUGAUGCUAUUAACAAGUUAUCCGAGAUGCAUCACCACACAACUCGACUAGCAGACUGUAGGAACAACUGGCUCAAAAAGGCUGUCUGCUAUUUGGAUGAGUAUAACGAGAUGCUGGACUUUAUUGUGAGGUGGUGUGAGAAAGCUAAAAGCCUGUUGAGGGCAAACAUCAUCUGGAACUCCUCUGUUCAUCUGCAGGAGCAGAUACGGAUGUACCAGGCUGUCUUUCGUGAGUCUCGAGAGCUCCAUGGAGACCUUGAAUCUAUGGCAGAGAAGGUAGAGCUUCUGUCUGAGGUUCUUCAAGUUGAAUCAAUGAGUCAAGAGGUUUGUGAACUCAGCCGGCACACUGAUGAGCUUCAGCAAAGCAUCAAGACACGGCUGCAGAGCCUGCAGGAUGCACACAAGAGCAUGGAAACCCUCGAGUUUGAAGUUAAGGCCUUACAUGUUGCUCUGGAGCAAGUCCAAGCUACACUGACCUCACCAGAGCUGGCACGCCAGAGCCUCAAAGAGCAACUCAGUCAGAGACAGCGGCUGUUGGCAGAAAUGGAGAGCUUCAAACAGCAGGUGCAGACGGUGCAGCUGUGUCAGAGCGCACUUCGGGUUCCAGAGGAAGUGAUGCCCAGCCUUUCAAUCUGUCGCACCGCUCUGCGUCUGCAGCAGGAAGCCAGUCAGUUACAGCAUGUGGCAAUACAGCAAUGCAACAUUCUACAGGAGGCUGUGGUUCAGUAUGAGCAAUAUGAACUGGAGGUGAAGGAUCUACAGGGCCUGAUAGAAGAAGCACACCAGGUCAUUCAGGACCGACCAAUCCCCACCAAUAACAUUCAGGAGCUGCAAGCCCAAAUUCUUCAUCAUGAGGAACUGGCCCAGAAGAUCAAAGGCUACCAGGAGCAAAUUGCUUCACUGAAUUCAAAAUGCAAAAUGUUGGCAGUGAAGGCCAAACAUGCCACCAUGCUGCUAACAGUCAGUGAUGUAGAGGGACUUCCAGAGGAGCUGGAGGACAUGAAUGGAGACAAAUCCAAGAAAUCAUCUCAGUCUGUCACAAUGACAGCUGGCCGCUGUCACACUCUUUUAUCACCUGUUACUGAGGAGUCUGGGGAGGAGGGCACUAGCAGUGAGGUCUCCUCCUCCCCUGUGUGUCGUUCUCCUUCACCUGUCUCUCACACUGAAGGCUCUAUCACCAAGAUGGGACGUGGAACACUCAUAAGAGCUCCAAUUCAAGAGUUGUACGAUCCAACGUUUGAGUCUGUGGCCAACAUGGAUGACCUACAGCGCUCAUGGGAAACUUUAAAGAAUGUAAUCAGUGAGAAGCAGAGAUCCUUGUAUGAAGCUCUGGAAAAACAGCAACAUUACCAGAGUGCGCUGCAGUCCGUCUCCUCAAAAAUGGAAACAUUGGAGUCCAAACUUACUGAGCCUUUGGAGACAGACAGGAGUCCAGACAGCCACAUGAAGGCACACGAGACUCUCAUUGAAGAAAUUCAGAGUGUGCAGGAUGAAAUCAAUAGGCUGCAGUCGAGCUUCACCGGGGAUCUGGCUGCUGAUGUCGUGGACUCAGACUUGGUUGACCAGCUGGCCAUGCGGUCCUCGCUUGCUGUGUUGGCUGAAAGAAUGGCCACCAUCCAUAUGAAAGCUUCAGGGAAACAACAGCAGCUGGAGGAACGUGCCACCGACCGUCUGGAGGGUCAGCGUCUGGAACAAGCAAUACAGUCUUAUCACACAGAGGCAGAAGGUCUGGAUCAGUGGUUGGCUGAAGCUCGUGCUGCUGUCAAGGGCAUUGUUGAAGCCGAGCCUACAGAGGAGACGAACAGCGAAGAUCAGGAGAUUGAAUGUCAGAACAUGCUGCUGGAGAUUGAUGAAAAAGUGUCAGCCUUCUCCGAGCUGUCGCUGCGCAGUGAGAACCUCCUGCUGGAGGGCCGAGUGGACACUAGAGAAGAGGCAGAACGUCUGGCUUCAAAGUUACGCACGUUGAAGGGAGGUUUACUGGAGCUACAGAAAAUGCUGCAGGACAAACAGCUUAGCAUCCAGGGCUCUGUACCAGAACCAGAAGAUAGUGAAUCAGACUCCAGUCUCUCUCGGAGUUCUAGUGUGCAGGACUGGCUGGCCCAGGCCAGAACCACAAGAACCCAGCAACAGGAAGACAGCCUGCAGAGACAGAAGGAGUUGGAGGAGCAGCUUGCAGAACAGAAAAGGCUUCUGCAGUCUGUUGCUAGCAGAGGAGAGGAGAUCCUCAUAAAGCAGGCCUCGCCAUGUAGUGCCAGCACAACCGAGCCAUUUUCUCCUGAAGCUUUAUCUGAGACGGGGCGGGAGCAGAUGAAGCAGAGGUGGGAGAGCCUCAGACUGGAGCUCAAAACCAAACUCCAGCUUCUACAAAAGACCCUGGAGCAGGACCAGAAGCUGCUGGUUUUCUCCAGAGCUCCUCGUGUGACCUCAGCAGGGUCGCUGUUUAAAGGGGACACCCAGUCUGACAAAUCAUCUCUAAAGACUCUUUAUGACAGCUUCAGACAGACAGUGGAAGACAUAACCACUCAGCCUGGUGGCAGAGCAGAAACCCAGGUGGCUCAGAUGGAGCAACAGCUCUACACGGCCGUGUCUUCCACAUCCUCGUGGCUCGAUGGAGUGGAGAACAAUGUGUUCUCCGGCUCAGCGCUGUUGGCUGAAAACGCAGAGACCCAGCUACACAAUCAGGAGAUCUUAGAGAAUGAUGUGAAACAUGUGGCAGAGGAAGUGAAGCUCAGUCAGGCUCUGUUGGCUGGGUCAUCCGGGCUUAAACAUGAAGACCGAGUUCUGCUGGAGGACAAUCUGGACUGUCUGAAGGAGAGAUUAGCUGCUCUUGGUGGAGCUCUGGGUCAACACCUGGACCACAUGAGGACCAGAGCACAUGAACUCACAGAAUACCAGACUGAAAUGCAGCUCCUCCAAACAGCUUUAAUUGAGACUAAAUGCCAGAUUCUUCAAGCCCUAGCUGGAGUAAUGGAUAGACCAGCAUCAAAACAACUUGAGGUCAUUUCCAGUGCCGAGGAGAGCUUGAAAGACUUUGAGCAGAGAAUCACAGAGCUCAAAACCAGAGGAGCGGUGCUGCAGGCAGAUCAGACAUCAGCAAACAAACUGCUGAAGCUUCAGGAUUCCUACGAGGAGUUGUUGAUGACGGUGGGUUCCAGACGCAGCGGGCUGAACCAGAGCCUGGCUCUGAAGGAGCAGUACGAGCGCGCGCUGCAGGACUUGACUGACCUGGUUGACACAGCCAAAGACAAAGUGUCUGCUGAUCAGAGGAUUGUUGUCAGUUCAGUGGAAGAAGUCCAAAAUCACCUGGACAAGCAUAAGGAGUUUUUCCAGGGUCUGGAGUCGCAUAUGAUUCUAACAGAAACAUACUUCAGAAAGAUCAGCAGUCUCAUGCUUCCAAAAGAGUGCCAAGCCUUGGAGGAGACGCUGGCUGAAUCUCGGAGCGUCCUGAAAGACGCACACAGUAAAGGAGUCGAGCUGGAGAGUAUCCUGCAGACUUGGUGUUGUUUGAUGUACGACUACCAGAGUCUGAACCGUCAACUGGAAGCAGUCGAGGGAAGUGUCCUGUCCGCUGGCCUCGUGGAAGAAACUGAAGACAGACUGAUGGACAUAAUCUCUUUGUAUCAGGGCCUGAGGGGACGACUGGCGGAGCACCAGCACAAGCUCCAGCAGGUGCUGGAUGAGGGAAAACAUCUCUUACACUCGGUUUGCUGCCCUGUGCUGGAGAAUCAGCUGGCACUUUUAGGAGAACACUGGAUCAGCAACACAUCCAAGGUCAACAAAGAACUGCAGCGACUCGAAUCCAUCCUAAAGCACUGGACCAGGUAUCAAAAGGAGUGUGCAGAGAUUAGUGAGUGGCUUCAGUCUGCUCUGGAGCGUCUGGAGUUCUGGAACACACAGGCGGUUCUGGUCCCGCUGGAGCUCGAAACAGUCAGGGACCUUUUAUCUUCCUUCCUAGAGUUCUCAAAAGAAGUGGAGGGGAAGUCCAGCCUGAAGAGCUCAGUCAUGUCUGAGGGCAACCAGCUGCUGCGACUGAAGAAGGUGGACACAGUGGCGCUGCGCUGCGAUCUGGCACGCAUCGACAGUCAGUGGACUGAGCUGCUCACACGCGUCCCGGUGGUUCAGGAGAACCUGCAUCAGAUCCAAAUGGAAAAGCUGGCUUCUCGUCAUGCCAUUUCUGAGCUGUGUAACUGGAUAGCUCUGAUGGAGAACGUUAUUGAGGAGGAUGAAGAAAACCUCAAGAGUGCUGUGGGAUCAAAUGUAAUUCAAGACUACUUGCAAAAAUACAAGGGAUUCAGAGUCGAUUUGAGCUGUAAGCAGCUGACUGUGGACUUUGUCAACCAGUCGGUUCUUCAGAUCAGCGGUCAGGAUGUGGAGAGCAAGCGCAGCGAUAAGACUGACUUUGCAGAGCGUCUGGGCGCCAUGAACCGACGCUGGCAGCUUCUACAAGGACACAUCAAUGAGAGGAUCCAGUUCCUUGAGAGCCUUUUGGAGAUGUGGCUGGAGUAUGAGAGCAGCAUUCAGGCCCUGAAGUCUUGGAUGACCACUCAAGAGGACAGGUUGAAGAGGAAACCUCGCAUAGAAGAUUUAACGUCUGUGCAGAAUGCGCUCAAAGACUGUCAGGAGAUGGAAAGUUUACUGAAGGAGAAGGAGAAAGAACUGGAGCGAGUAGAAGAACAGGGCUGUGCUCUGGUUCAGAACAAGACUGAUGAGGCCUGUGCCAUUGUCAUGGAGACCCUCCAAAGUGUCAAUCACACCUGGGCUAACCUAGACCACUUGAUAGGACAGCUCAAAAUCAGCCUGACGUCAGUCCUGGAUCAGUGGAGUUUGUACAAACGGGCUUCAGAAGAGAUCAAUGGCUACCUGAUGGAGGGCAGAUACUCCGUGUCACGCUUCCGCCUCCUCACAGGCUCCCUGGAGGCCGUUCAGCUGCAGGUUCAAAGUCUGCAGGACUUGCAAGAGGAACUGGAGAAACAGGAGAGUAGUUUGAGAAAGUUUGGUGCUAUAACCCACCAGCUUCUGAAAGAGUGUCACCCGUCGGUGUCAGAUUCUCUGAAUAAUUCUCUCAAAGACGUGAAUGCAAGGUGGAGUGGCUUACUGGAAGAGAUAGCAGAGCGUCUUAGAAGCAGCAAAGCUCUGCUGCAGCUGUGGCAGCACUACAAAGAGCUUCAUGGGCAGAGCUGCUGCAGCGUUCAGCUGCAGGAGGAGAAAGCUGACCAGCUCCUGAAGAGCACCUGCAGGAAGGACAUCGCCGAUGAGGAAGUUGCCAGCUGGAUCCACGAAUGCAGCGAGCUGCUGCAAUCUCAAAUUCCUGUGCAAGCCUCGCUUCAGAUUCUCCAGGAACUGGGAGAUCAGCUGAAGCAGCAGGUAGACACGUCAGCGGCGUCUGCGAUCCAGUCAGACCACCUGUCUCUCUCUCAGCGGCUGGCUGGAGUGGAACAGGCUGUUAACAGACAGCUCACCACCCUGCAGACUGGAGUUCAGGACUACGAAACCUUUAACAAACAGCUGGAGUCUCUGGGCUGCUGGGUAGUUGAAGCUGAGGAGGUUCUGAGAGAGCAAGAUCCUAACGGCUGCACGGACCUGACGGUCAUUCAGGACCGCAUGAAGCAGCUCAAGAAGCUCAUGCUGAAAUUUAGCUGCAUGGCUCCUGAGUUAGAGCAUCUGAAUGAGCUUGGCUACAGACUCCCUCUCAAUGAUCUGGAAAUCAAAAGCAUGCAGAACCUCAACAGGAGCUGGUCCACCGCUUCAGCGCAGACCACCGAGAGAUUCAGCAAACUUCAGUCAUUCCUGCUGCAGCAGCAGACCUUCCUGGAAAAGUGUGAAACGUGGAUGGACUUCUUGGUCCAAACAGAAGAAAAUCUAGCUGUAGAAAUCUCUGGGAACUACCAGAGUUUGAUGGAACAGCAAAAAGCCCAUGAGUUAUUCCAGGCUGAAAUGUUCAGUCGGCAGCAGAUCCUUCACUCCAUCAUCAGCGAUGGACAGAGGAUGUUAGAGCAAGGUCAGGUAGAUGACAGAGAUGAGUUUAACAUGAAGUUGGCUCUGCUGAGUAACCAGUGGCAGGGCGUGGUGCGGCGUGCUCAGCAGAGACGAGGCAUCAUCGAUGGUCUGAUCCGUCAGUGGCAGCACUACAGAGAAAUGGUGGAGAAGCUGAGCAAGUGGCUCCUGGAGAUUUCUCGCCCUGCAGAGCAGCUUCAGGCAGGAACUACAAUUCCUCUGCAGAAAGCUCGCUCCAUGCUUGACGCAGUCCAGCUGAAGGAAAAGGUGCUUCAGCGUCAGCAGGGCAGCUACAUCCUGAUGGUGGAAGCAGGCAGACAGCUGCUCCUGUCUGCAGAUAGCCGGGCAGAAGGCGACCUGCAGACAGAGCUCUCUGAUACCCAAGAAAGGUGGAAACAAGCCAACAUCUUUCUGGAGGAACAGAAGAAAAAGCUCAGCACGUUGCUGAAGGACUGGGAGAGGUGUGAGAGAGGGAUCGGCGAGUCGCUGGAGAAACUGCGAGCCUUCAAACGGCAGCUUUCCCAGCCUCUUCCUAUUCUCCAUGAAGAUCUACAAGCUGAGCAGAUGCGCUGCAAGGAUCUAGGGAGCACAUUUGAGGGCUGGACUGGAGAUCUGACCCAUCUGACUCUGCUGAGAGAGUCGCUGUCCUCCUACGUCAGUGCUGAGGACCUUUCUGUGCUGCAGGAACGCAUUGAACUCCUGCAUCGUCAGUGGGACGAAAUCUGCCACCAGCUGUCGCUGCGCAGGCAGCAGGUGAGUGAGAGACUGAACGAGUGGACCGUGUUUGGUGAGAAGUAUAAGGAGCUGUGUGAGUGGCUCACCAAGAUGGAGGGCAAGGUGUCCCAAAAUGGAGACAUCAGCAUUGAGGAGAUGAUCGAGAAGCUCCGUAAGGACUAUCAGGAGGAGAUCUCGGUAGCAGAGGAGAAUAAGCAGCAGUUACAUCGGCUUGGAGAGCGUUUAGCCAGGGCAAGUCACCAGAGCAAAGCCACGGAAAUCAAACAAAAACUCACCAAGGUCAGCGACCGCUGGCAGCAUCUCCUGGACCUCAUCGGCGCUAGAGUGAAGAAGCUGAAAGAAACUCUGGUAGCCGUGCAGCAGUUGGACAAAAACAUGAACAGUCUGCGCUCUUGGCUCGCCCACAUUGAGACGGAGCUGUCCAAACCCAUUGCCUACGAGUCGUGUGACCUCCAGGAGAUUCAAAGGAAGCUCGAUCUGCAGCAGGAGCUUCAGCGGGACAUCGAGAAGCACAGCACUGGAGUUGCAUCUGUGCUGAAUUUAUGUGAGGUGCUGCUGCAUGACUGUGAUGCCUGUGCCACCGACGUGGAGUGUGACUCCAUCCAGCAGGCCACACGCAGCCUGGAUCGCCGCUGGAGGAGCAUCUGUGCCUUGUCUCUGGAGAGGAGGCUCAAGAUCGAGGAGACGUGGCGUCUAUGGCAGAAGUUCUUGGAGGACUUUGCACGGUUUGAGGAGUGGAUGGCCUCUUCAGAGAAGACUGCUGCUCUGCCCAACUCUUCUGGUGUGCUGUACACAGUAGCCAAGGAGGAACUAAAGAAAUUUGAGGCCUUCCAGAGACAAGUUCAGGAGAGCCUGACCCAGUUAGAGUUAAUCAACAAGCAGUACCGGCGCCUGGCCAGAGAGAACCGGACCGACUCGUCUUGUCGUCUGAGGGAGAUGGCCCACGAUGCCAACCAGCGAUGGGACAACCUGCAGAAAAGGGUGGCAUCCAUCCUCCGCAGGCUCAAGCACUUUAUCAGUCAGAGAGAGGAGUUUGAGACAUCCAGGGAUGGUAUUUUAGUCUGGCUGACAGAAAUGGACCUUCAGCUCACCAACAUUGAACACUUUUCUGAGUGUGACAUUCAAGCCAAGAUCAAACAGCUCAGGUCGUUCCAGCAGGAGAUCUCCCUGACCACAGCCAGGAUCGAGCACAUCUUCCACCAGGGCGAGGCACUAAUAGAGAAGAGUGAGCCCAUGGAUGCUGCUGUCAUAGAGGAAGAACUGGAAGAACUUCAGCGCUACUGUCAGGAAGUUUUUGGUCGAGUGGAGCGCUACUACAAAAAACUCAUUCGCCUCCCACUUGCUGACGACGAUACCGAAGUGUCGUUUUCGGAUCGUGAGCUUGAUCUGGAUGAGCCUGGAGAUUUGUCCAGUCUACCGUGGAAUGAGCGUCUGGGGGAUGGCUUCUUGUCACCUCUGCCCUCCUCCGGUCGCUCAGCGUCCCUGGCUGCUCAGCUUCGAGCCGAGCGUUCUGGCCGGGACACGCCUGCAAGCGUGGACUCCAUCCCCCUGGAGUGGGACCACGACUACGACCUGAGCCGCGGCCUUGAGAGCGCCAGCAGAGCCCUUAGAGAGCAGCAGAGUGAGGAGGGAGACUUCCCCCAACGCCCGGCUUCAAGCCUGUCAGAUGUAGUGAUCCCUGAGAGCCCUGAGGCCUUUGUUAAACUAACAGAACAAACUCUGAGGUCUUCCACUGGGGAGGCUGCCUCUGCAGAUUGUAACGUUCAUCCUUUCGACGUCAACCGUUCCGUCCUGCAACAGACGGACAGCAGCCGCACGCCCACGAGCACAGAGGUGGACGCGUCUUACAUGGGCUACCUGCGAUUGUUGGGUGAGUGUCGUGGCAACAUAGACGUAGUGAAGAGGGUGGGCUCUGAGUUGAAAGAGGAAGAGGACACGGUGUCAGGACUGGCGGAUCCCAGCAGCUCAGAGUCCCAAACAUCAGGUGUGAUUGAGCGCUGGGAGCUCCUGCAGGCUCAGGACCUCAGUAAAGAGAUGCGCACAAAGGAGAAUCAGCAGCAGUGGCAGCAGCUGAACUCUGACCUGAACAACAUUUGGACUUGGCUGGGAGAGACAGGAGAAGAGCUGGAGCAACAGAGGAGACUGGACAUCAGCACGGACAUCCACACUAUUGAGCUUCGCAUCAAAAAGCUCAAAGAACUGCAGAAAGCGUACGACAAGCGCAAAGCCAUCGUGCUUUCCAUUAACCUGUGCAGCGCUGAGUUUCUGCAGUCAGAGACAGAAGAGUCGCGAGAGCUGCAGGCCAAGCUGAAGGACAUGAACAACCACUGGGACAAACUGGGCUGCUCUUUGGAAGAGUGGAGGUCUUCAUUACAAGAUGCUCUGAUGCAGUGUCAAGAAUUUCAUGAAAUGUGCCACGGCCUGCUACUCUGGUUGGAAAAUAUUGAUCGCAGAAGGAACGAGGUGGUUCCCAUUGAUCCGAUCCAGGAUGCCGAUACCCUCCAUGAGCACCAUAAGACACUCACGCAAAUCCGUCAGGAGUUACUGGACUCUCAGCUCAAAGUCGCCUCGCUACAGGACAUGUCCCUCCAGUUGCUGGUUAAUUCUCAAGGCAGCGACUGUCUGGAAGCCAAGGAGAAGGUUCACGUCAUCGGGAACCGCCUUAAACUGCUGCUAAAGGAAGUAACGCGAGAUCUCCGAGAACUGGCUAAGAUUCUGGACAUCACAAGCAGCCAACAGGAUCUGUCCUCCUGGUCGUCAGCUGAUGAGCUGGACACAUCGGGUUCCCUCAGUCCUGUAUCGGGAAGGAGCACACCCAGUCGGCUGAGAUCGCAACGGGGCAAGUGUAGUCUGUCACAGCCUGGAGCGUCUGUGAGCAGUCCACACCGCAGGUCUCCCAGCGGCGCUGGAUCCGCUUCCUUCCCUUCUGAUCCCAGGAUGAUGCGGGCUCGUCGGUCCUCGUUCUGGUGCCGUGUCCUAUGUGUGGCGCUGCCUCUCCAGUUCUUCCUGCUCCUCUUAGUGGUCUUUGGCUUCCUGCUGCCGCUGUCCGAGGAGGACUGCUGCGCUCAGUCCAACAACUUUGCUCAUUCCUUUUACCCGAUGCUCAGCUACACUAACGGACCGCCCCCUGUGUAGGUGAGCUGCAGGAACAUUACUGGAAUCACGUUAAGAGCGAAAACUAAACUUUCAUCCAUUUGUGCUGCAGAAACAUAGCUGCCAUGUACACUUAAUAUUAUUUUUGUGUAGCACGUAGGAUCAAGCGUCUCACUGUGUCAUUCUGUCAGUUUAAUAAGUAUUUUUGAUGAGAAAAUUGAGGGUUAGCUUGUGGAAAGCACCAAAGUUAUAACAGAACCAGAAUCUGCUUGGUCAAAACCCGUUUAAUAUAACUUACAUUAUUUUUUUACCUGUAUUUUGGCAUGUGGUUUUAAACUGCUUUUGUUAACGCUUCUCCAUAACUGUGUCUGUGGUAAACAGUCUAUUUUUAACUUGAAUCAUUUAAGUGUUUAAUUAUCAGAUAAGAGUUUAACCUUUAACAUCAGCCAUCCACGGUCUUUCUACAUCCUGCUUUUUAUUUUGAAAAAUAUCUGAUAUCUUUGAGGUCAAAAAGACGACAUAUAGAGCUUUUGUAUAUUUUGUAUGACCGUCACUUGAGUAUGAAAUGUAUAACAGCCGCGGAUUAUUUAACGUGUGUAUAUAAUGCAAAAGAUUCAUGUGACAAAUCUAUAUGCAACUAUCAGAAACAAGGAAUGCCAAAUCUUCA